AUGUGGCAUUUCACGCGUGCGCACAGGCAACCCUGUCAACGCGGCCCCUCCCCCAUCGUCUUCUGUCCGCGAGGGCUGGAAGGGGAAGUCUUAGGGGGCCGUGCACGCUGGCUGCGGAGAGCUGCGUUGCGACCUCUGCGACCGUCGCAGCUCGUCGCGAUCGGUCGCAUUGGAGAGGCGUGGGACCUUCGCAGUCGGUUGCGGUCGCAAUGGAGUCGGACGAUUCAUUUCUGUCGCAUCCGAGCAGCGCUGGUGACUCAUAAAACCCUCGUGCAUGCAUCGAUUCGCACUGCAUCUGCGACGGCAGCAGCGACAGCAGCUGUGUCGUCCGAGAUCGCGCUCCUGUCUUCGCGGCUCGCCCGAACGCCGCUUCAGGCGAGCCGAUCGAACCGGCUGCUGCAAGUUGCCGGUUCGAAUGCUGGCAGUGCUAGCCUGGGUCAACCGGGGGACGCCAUCGUACAAAUAGCCGACGGUGAAGGAGGAGGACGCCUUCAACUACACGAGAUGGAAGGAUCUUCACUUGAGGAGGAGUGCACUCCAGAAGAUUCCAAAAUGAAAUCCAAAGUGUUUAUCCGGGAUGACAACACUCCACUCAGCCGUGGAGGACAUUCUCGCAAAGCAUGCAUGGCCAAACGAAAUCUUGCCAAAGACUUUGAAUCUUGUGCAAAAAAUGAUGGGGAUCACCCUGGCAGUGCUGAAGACUCAAGUGAUCCUGGUUUUGAGUUGCUCAAUAGUGAAACAGCAGAUGCUGAAGUUCUCAACCAAGAAGUGCUCAAGGCAUCUGAGAGAUGGAAUUUUGACUUUCAUCAUGAAAAGCCUCUAGAAGGCACAUAUCAAUGGGAAAAAAUGAGUACAACUGAAAAAGAUCUCGCUUGCAUGAAACCACACCCAAAGAAACAUAAGCGAAGACUAUUCCCUGACGUGAGACAAGUGAGUUCAUUAUCCUUCUAG